AAGAGCGGCUUUUAUUUGUCUCCAGCGGCGGCCUCACCCCGGGCGGGUCGGACGGGGCGUAGCGAGUUCUUGCGCAAGGGACCGCGGCUUGGGCGCAGAGCAACAGGCGGGCUCAGCGGUUUCGGAGAAGCGAGCGGCGCUGGGCGGCUCUUCCUGGCAGAACUUUGCAAGUUGAUGCUCUCCAAAGAUGGCCACUGUUGGGUUGAUGUCCUCCUGCGCAUGUGCACGUUCCCUGGUACCUUUACUUAGGUUGGGGAUCCCCAAAACAUGUUCCUCCCAGUUACACACGACAGCCACGUCCGCUUCAAAAGAUUACUACGAGGUGCUGGUGCUUGGUGGAGGCUCCGGGGGGAUCACGAUGAGUGCCCGGAUGAAACGGAAAGUAGGAGCUGACAAUGUGGCUGUGGUGGAACCCCAGGAGAAACACUAUUAUCAACCUAUUUGGACUUUAGUUGGAGCUGGGGCAAAACAGCUGGCCACUUCAGGGCGUGCGACAGCCAGUGUUAUUCCUUCAGGGGUAAAGUGGAUCCAGUCCAAGGUGGAAAAGUUGGAUCCAGACAACAACUGUGUCUAUUUGGGGAAUAAUCAAAAGGUAUCUUACAAGUAUUUGAUUGUUGCUCUCGGGCUGCAACUGAAUUAUGAAAAGAUCAAAGGCUUGCCUGAGGGUUUUAAGUUUCCUAAAAUUGGUUCCAAUUAUUCCAUUCACACAGUGGAGAAAACAUGGAAAGCUCUUCAGGAUUUCCAGGAAGGAAAUGCCAUUUUCACCUUUCCAAACACUCCGGUGAAAUGUGCAGGGGCGCCACAAAAAAUCAUGUAUCUGACAGAAGCCUACUUGAGAAAGACUGGAAAACGGUCCAAAGCCAAUAUCAUAUUCAAUACAUCUCUUGGAGUGAUAUUUGGUGUUAAGAAGUAUGCUGAUGCUCUGCUAAAGAUUAUCAAAGAAAGAGAUAUUACAGUGAACUACAAAUGGAACCUUGUGGAAGUCCGAGCAGAUAAGCAGGAAGCCGUAUUUGAGAACUUGGACAAACCUGGGGAAACACAAGUUUAUCGGUAUGAAAUGCUUCAUGUCACUCCACCCAUGGGCCCUCCUGACGUCCUGUUAAACAGUCCAGUUUCUGACAUCGCUGGAUGGGUGGAUGUAAACAAGGAGACCCUGCAGCAUGUGAAAUACCCAAAUGUUUUUGGGAUUGGAGACUGCACCAACCUCCCUACAUCCAAGACUGCUGCAGCUGUAGCUGGCCAGUGUGGUGUACUUGAUAAAACAAUUUCAUGUAUCAUGAAAGGCAAAACUCCUACUAAGAAGUAUGAUGGAUAUACUUCCUGUCCUCUGAUAACCAACUACAACCGAGCAAUCCUGGCUGAGUUUGAUUACAAUGCUCAGCCUUUAGAAACAUUUCCAUUUGACCAGAGCAAAGAGAGGUUGACAAGUUUUCAUAUGAAGGCUAAUGUGAUGCCCUAUCUGUAUUGGUAUGGACUUCUGAAGGGAUAUUGGGGUGGCCCAGGUCUAUUGAGGAAAAUAUUUCAUCUUGGGUUGAAGUAAUCGUUGAAAUCAUCUUCUGCCAGCUACAAACCAUGUAACACUUUUAAUAAUAACAAUAAAGCCGUCAGAAAUUAAUAAAAUAACUUCUCUGUAGGAAUGCAGCCUUCAGAGUCCUCUGCACCUUAAAACAUAGGUACAGUUUUUCCUUAUUUCUGCACUUACAAGUAGCAAAUAUUGCCCAGUAAGCACACAGCCAGCUGCUAUAUUUUUAGCAAUGCCAGGUUGACAGAAUUAGCUUCUGUAAGCUUCAGUAUCUGCAGCUGUGGAUGUGUAACCUAAAAUGACCUUAUCUCGCCUUUACAUAUUUUUUAAAAAAAAUAAUCUGUUGACUGAGUGUUUUAAGUACAAAAUAUGUUGCUAAGCAACACAUCAAGAGCCCCUUGCUUUGUUUUAAACAGAAGGCACGUGUUUCUUCAUUACUAAACGGAAAACGCUCCAACCGUCCCCAAUUGAAUGCCGUACUAAAUUAGCUUUGCACGUUGUUUUAGUCAAGGUUUCCUAUGCAAGACCUUUUUCGACUAUGAUGUCUCUGCUCAAUUGAUAGCACUGUUUCUCGAUGGUUGGUGAAGUGUCAUAGCUCAGUGGACAGAUAAGAACUUUGCAAAGAGAAGGGACUGCUGUACCCAACAGAAUAGCUUUGAAAAAGUCAGGUAGCUGGAGACUUCAGAAAAUUCUCUUUUCCUGACUUGGUAGGGUCCUAUCCAGAUGAAUAAAAGGAUGCCCCUGUUGUUAUAAUGCAGCUUUCUGAAAACCGCAUUAAGCAAAAAAAAA